AUGGUUGUGAACUAUGUUCGUGUGUUUUUUUUAUUUGGUUCUGCAAUGGCCAAAGUGAAUCAUAGUGAUGAACAUGUGGAAUUUAGUGACGUUUUAACAUCUAAUCCAGAUAUUAUGUCUGGUGGCCAUUGGAGGCCUACAAAUUGUGUUCCUAGAUACCGUGUAGCUAUUAUCAUACCAUAUAGAGACAGAUUAUCACAUUUAAUAGUACUUUUAGCUCAUUUAAUACCAGUAUUAAAAAGACAAGAUUUAGAUUUUAGGAUAUUUGUGGUUGAGCAGACGAAGUUUAGUUUCUUGACGUUGUUUCAAGACGAGGUUCAUUGUUUCAAGAUGGGGUUUCAAGACGAAGUUCAUUGUUUCUUGACGUUGUUUCAGGACGAGGUUCAUUGUUUCUCGGUGUUGUUUCAAGAUGAGGGUUGUGGGUUUCAAGACGAGGUUCAUUGUUUGUAG